CAACCUAAACAUAAACAGUACGCAGUAGUCUCUUUUUACUCUUCUCACACCAUAUUCAUAUUCAUCUCUCUCUCUCACUCUUCAUGUCUCUCGUCUUCUCUCACUAGACUCCAUUCCAUAUUCUCUUCUCUAGUGAGAGCCACUUUCACAAAACAAAUGGACAAGAAACAAGGCUUUUUCUCUACUCUAAAACACGAAGUCAUUCGCGGUUUAUCACCGGUUCGGUCCAGGUCCAAAAGCCCGGCCCGAACCGGUUCUCCGAUGUCAGCACUUCUCCGUCGGAGGCCCAAACAGCUGACCAACGGAGAGCCGUUAGUCGGGAGCCUCACCGGAGAAGUGUUGGCACCGUUGUACGAAGGACCCGACCAAGACGGGUCCGAGCUUGGUGACUCGAAGCGGGUCGGGUCGGCUAUUGGACAGUGGAUGAAGGGUCAGCUUUCAAGGGCUCCAUCCAUGACUGCUACUAUGGCUUAUAAACAUAGGUCUGAUUUGAGGUUGUUGCUAGGUGUGAUGGGCGCACCAUUAGCCCCGGUGCACGUUAGCACUACUGACCCUCUGUUUCACCUCAGCAUCAAGGACACACCUAUUGAAACCUCGUCUGCUCAGUACAUACUGCAGCAGUACACAGCUGCAUCCGGAGGGCAAAAGCUACAAAACUCGAUAAAAAACGCGUACGCGAUGGGGAAAGUGAAGAUGGUAGCGUCCGAGUUCGAAACCGCAUCAAGAGUGGUCAAAAAUAAGCACGCGGCCAGAGCGGCCGACACUGGGGGAUUCGUUUUGUGGCAGAUGAAUCCGGAUAUGUGGUAUGUUGAGCUGGCGGUCGGUGGUAGCAAGGUUCACGCGGGUUGCAAUGGGGAUUUGGUUUGGAGGCACACCCCGUGGCUCGGUGCUCAUACCGCGAAAGGCCCUGUUCGACCCCUGCGUCGCGCUCUUCAGGGCCUUGACCCUAGAACCACCGCGAGUAUGUUUACCGAUGCAAAAUGCGUCGGUGAAAAGAAGAUCAAUGGUGAAGAUUGCUUCAUUCUUAAAAUAUCUGCUGACCCACAAACAUUAAAGGCUAGAAGUGAAGGUCCAGCCGAAAUCAUAAGGCAUGUUUUGUUUGGCUAUUUUAGCCAAAAAACCGGGCUUAUUGUUCACAUGGAGGAUUCACAUCUAACCCGAAUUCAAACCACUGGGGGGGAUGCGGUCUAUUGGGAGACCACAAUCAACUCCAGUAUGGAUGAUUAUCGGCCAGUGGAAGGCAUAAUGAUUGCCCACUCGGGUCACUCCGUAGUAACCCUUUUUCGAUUCGGUGAGAUGGCUAUGAGCCACACCAAAACCCGAAUGGAAGAAGCAUGGUCCAUUGAAGAAGUUGCAUUCAAUGUCCCCGGGUUGUCAAUGGACUGUUUUAUCCCUCCGGCCGACUUAAAAACCGCUUCGUUUAGCGAAACAGCCGAGCUCCCGGAGGGCGAAAGAGGGAAAUCCACGCUUAUGGUCUCCGGUCACCGAGCAAAGGUUGCAGCCCUUGUUUAACCGCAAUUGUUCAUAUAGGGUCAACGGUAGUUUCUGAUUGACUUUUAACACGUUAGUAGUUACAAUUACAAAUUAGAAGCUUUAGGGUAUUUAAGUAAUUUCACAACUUGGGUUUUCACAAGCCAAUGGGGGGCUUAGAAACUCACAUGUUAGUUAGUUAUAGAGGGUGUUUGGGGUUCCUUUUUUUGAGGAAAAAAGGACUUUCGAAGGGAAAAAAGGACUUUUGAGGGUGUUUGGCUUUCCUUUUGAAGGCAAAAGUCCUUUGCAAAAGCUAGAAGUCAUGUUUUUCUGACUUAUUUUUUCCAAAAGGACUUUUGAAAAAGUUGAAAAUAAGUUAAGCCAAACAUGCCCAUAGAUCAAAUGGAGGUUUAAUUUUAGUUCACCUUCCAUAACGUAUGGUUUUACUUAUGUUGUUUGUUUCACUUAGGUUUUUUUAUUUUUUGUUACAAUUGUUGUUGGUGUCAAAGAUCAAAGAUGAUGGUUCUUGUGAUCUAUUGUUUUGUGUUUUUUAUAACCCUACUGUAACCAAAAUGUUACUGAUGUAGGUUUACUGAAAGAAAUAUAUAUGUUUAUUAUUUAUAUUGGGAGGAAGAUUCUUUUUGGUCCCUUUACUUUUGUAAAAGUUGCAUGUUUGGAUAGAAAGUUGUUAAGAUUGUUUAACUUUU